AUGGGAGACAAGUUGUACUUGGGGGAUACACUCAUAGAUGACCCAUGGCCAUUGGGUACAGCAAUUUGUUGUUCAACAGAAUCGUCAACCAGUGUUGCAAUGGGUGUCGAAAAUGUUCAACCAGGUACCAUAUUUUUUGAUAUUAAAAUGAGACUUAGAAAACAUUCUCCCGAUCAAUGGCGAAUGAAAAUGGGAAAAGAAAGAAUAUAA